AUGUGGAAGAAACUUCCAAUUUGGAAGAGGGGAAUACCGGCAAAAUGGAUUGUGGAUGGAGUCUCUCAAGAUUUUCUUCCAGGUUCACUUAUGGCCAAUGAGAUGCCAGAGCUCCAAGGAAUCGAAGAAGAUGAAUGGGAAAAAGAAGGCGAGGAAGUUGAAGAAGAAGAAAAUAAGGCGAAUCCGGUUGAAAUAGAAGAAGAUAGUAAUGAAGAAGAAGAAUACGAAGUAAAUUAUGAAGAAGAAUAUCAAGAAGAUUAUGAAGACCCUUAUGAAGAAGAUUAUGAUGAUUCAUUUUAA